GUAUCCGGCGGCGGAUCCAUUUGAAUCUAACUGUACAAUUAUAGGAGGGAUGUUCAGUACCGAUUAUUAUAGUACUAUUCGGGGAGUCGAUAAGCUACUGUGGAUGUCUAUUUGCCAGGUUGUCCCCCUAAACCGAAACCAGUCUCAACAAGCAAAUCGGCUGCCAAUAGGGGGUUACCAAGUCCACGACCAAGUACUUAUUACCUCUUGGGUUGUAGUUGCUAUUUUAUUAAGUUCAGCUACUAUAGUUGUUCGGAACUCACAAAGCAUUUCGACCGGGGGUCAGAAUUUCUUCGAAUAUGUUCUCAUAAUAACCUCUAUACAAAAUGCUGAUAUGGAUAGAAAAAGAGUUGUUCGCAUAGCAUUUACUAAUAUUACAGAAAAUAUUGUUAAAAUACUUUUCCGAGAAGGUUUUAUCGAAAACGUCAGAAAACAUCUAGAAAAAAACAAAUCUUUU